AUGAAUAAAGGCUCAAAAUUGCCACGGGCUCAACAUGCCAAAUCUUUAGAUAGUAGGAAGUACUCGUUGUGGAAUUUUUGGGUUUGUUCGUUGGCAUUUAAGAUACUGCUUAUCCCCGGAUAUUUCAGCACCGAUUUUGAAGUUCAUAGGAAUUGGUUGGCUUUAACGAAUAAAUUGCCGUUGAAACAGUGGUAUGUGGAGCAUACGAGUCAAUGGACGUUGGAUUAUCCGCCAUUUUUCGCAUAUUUUGAAUGGCUUUUAUCACAGUUUGUUCCAGCGAAAGUUCGGGAAAAUGGGUGUUUGGAUCUGGUAGAGAUUGGUCAAUUCGGUAUGCCAACCGUGGUUUUCCAGAGAAUCACUGUGAUUAUUAGUGAAAUCUUGUUGUUUGUUGUCCUACAAAUUUAUAUCAACAAGAGCGCUGCGAAUGAAAAGUCGGCCAGUUUUGUUGUUGCGAGUAGUAUCGUGUUGUCACCGGGAUUUAUCAUUAUAGACCAUAUUCAUUUCCAGUACAAUGGGUUUUUGUUCGCCAUGUUGAUCGGUGCCAUCGUCGCUGCCAAGCAUAAAAGGUAUUUGGUAUGUGCUGCGUGUUUCACAACUGCAUUGUGCUUCAAACACAUCUUCUUGUACCUUGCACCAAGCUUUUUCGCAUUUCUGUUGCGUGCGUACGUGUUAGAUUUUGGGAAUUUCAAAUUCAAGAGUUACAACGAUUUAAUUUGGCUUGUGAGAUGGCCAAAUCUGUUCAAAUUGGGCAGUGUUGUUAUGGUGAUUUUCGCUGUGUGUUUGGCACCUUUCUAUUCGGUUAUGCCCAAUUUACUGACAAGAUUGUUUCCAUUCUCAAGGGGUUUGACACAUGCUUAUUGGGCUCCAAAUUUUUGGGCUCUUUACUCUUUCGUUGACAAAGUACUCACAUUUGUUUUCCUUAAAGUGCCCUACGUUCACAAUUUCCUCUCGAGGUUCAUCUCACCGCCUCUAAUACCGGCAACCAUUGAACAAAUUAAGGAAAAGUUGGAAGUUUACAACGUCGGGACGCGAGGCCUGGUGCAGGACGUGUAUUUUGUCAUUUUACCCCAAGUACAACCAAAAUUGACGUUUUUGCUGACAUUGUUUUACCAAGUUCUGGCCGUGAUUCCAGUGUUAUUCCAUCCUUCCUUCAAAAGAUUUGUUGGGUCCUUGACGCUUUGCGGGUUCGCCUCGUUCCUUUUCGGCUGGCAUGUUCAUGAAAAGGCCAUCAUGUUGGUGAUCAUACCUUUCUCAUUUUUGGUUACAUCUGACCGCAGGUUGAUAUCGCCAUUCCGGCUUCUGGCAGCGGCUGGGUAUGUGUCGCUUUUCCCACUUCUUUACGAGUCUCAAAAUUUCUUAAUCAAGCUGUUAUACUCCGUGGUAUGGGCAAUUAUUUACUUUUUUGCAUUAAAGCAAACUACGAAAGUUUCCUCGAGCGUGAGAAGGCGGGUAUUUUUCCUCGAUAGACUGGCUCUCUUUUAUAUCGUCAUGCUAAUCCCAAUGGUCAUUGGAGUGGAAUUGCUCAAUGCGUUGCAAUGGAAGUAUAAGUUACUUCAGAAAUUCGAGUUUGCCGGUCUUGUAAUCUACAGCAUCUAUUGUUCAAUAGGCAUCCUGUGUUCCUGGAUGGGACUUUCUUGGCUGUACAAUUUUGAUGAACCUCUGUGGCAGUAG